AUUGCUUUCUGUUCGUAAAGUUCCAUGCUUUCCAAUACUAUACUCAAGUUAUAGCCUUUUAGUAUUGUGGCUGGGUCAUUGUUGUGUGGUGCUAGUUGAUGGAUUGUGAAGUUCAGUUUAGUUAGUAUUCCGUUUGUGUAAUACUAGUUGCAAUGGUGACUGUUUAGAGCUUAAUGGGUUGUGCAUGAGACUGAAUAAUGAAUUUUAUGUUAAAAGUUACCCUCGUUGAUUUGUUUCAAUUUGGCAUUUGGGGUUUAGUAAUUUUGUUGAUUUGCAAUGGCUGCUGAGUAAUUAAUUAAUCAUAAGACACAAAUAUCAAUUAAAUACAGAGCAGUGGCUUGCGACUUGCAAGGGACCUCAAUAUCUAAGAAGAUAAUUUUUGGGCCACCAAGUUGCAAUCCAUGUAGUUAUACAUAAUCAUAAUGGGACAGGGGUGGAUGGGCAAGUAGUUCUCUUUUAAUUAGUCUCAACCCAUUUUUCAAUCUAAAAUGUGCCAUAAAUGCGAAAGAUGAGCCUUUCAGACAUACGUUUAAAUAAUGAGGUUUCUUCUAGAUUUCUUUUUCCUUUCCAAACAUCAUUUUUACCAGCUAGAUGUUUAAGUUUGUGCAGUCAUAAGGUUCCUCUAUUACAAGCUAACAGAUGCAAGAUCUGGACAAGCAUGCAUCUCUAAUUUUCUAGUGACACGUAAUAUAUCAUCUGAUUUCUCUCAUGCAUUUCUGUAGCCAACUCCUGAAAGUCUAGGAUAAGGCUCGGGUGAUGAUGAUAUGUAAUAUAUCAUCUCUCAAUAGAAUUCCCAUAAUCCUACAUAUAUUGUUCCUCUAUUACAAAUUGUCCUCUGCAGAUCAUAUACUGACAACUAGUGUUGCCAAUUGUCAUUGCGACAACUCUUACAUCUUAUCCGUUCUCAUUUGCAUUAAAAAUCUUACCAGACAUUUAAAGUAGCUCUAUCAAGUUCCCAUCUCUUCUGUCACCAUAUAUUAUACAAGUCAAUAUUUAGUCGCUAUAAUUACAAAACUGAGACCAAGAAACAUGGCUCCAAUGUACAAUAUUCUAUGGCUCCUCUUAUUUCUAAGCUUACUAGUAUUGGUCCCUGAAACCGGGGCUAAACAACCCGCAGCAGCCAACCCUAAGAUCCCAGCAAUCAUAGUUUUUGGAGACUCAACAGUUGAUUCGGGGAACAACAAUUACAUUCCAACAAUUGCAAAGGCAGACUUUAGGCCUUAUGGCAGGGAUUUUCCUGGGGGUACCCCAACUGGGCGGUUCUGCAAUGGCCAGCUUCCACCUGACUUUACAUCGGAGGCUCUUGGCCUCAAGCCAAUCAUUCCUGCUUAUUUGGAUACAAACUAUGACAUAUCAGAUUUUUCUACUGGAGUUUGCUUUGCUUCUGCUGCGACUGGUUAUGACAAUGUCACUUCUGAGUUACUUAAAGUGCUUCCUUUAUGGAAGGAAGUAGAGUACUACAAGGAAUACCAGACAAAAUUGAGAGCCUAUCUUGGGGAAGAGCAAGCCAACAAAUUGUUAAGAGAGGCUUUAUACUUGAUCAGUAUGGGAACAAAUGAUUUUAUUUUAAACUAUUUCUUGAUCCCCAUCCGUCGAUCUCAAUUUACCAUCAAACAGUACCAGAAUUUUCUCAUCGGAGUUGCCAGAAAUUUUUUGGAACAACUUUAUGGUCUCGGAGCGCAGAAGAUAUCGUUUACUGGGAUUCCUCCAAUGUGGUGUUUGCCGGCGGAGAGGACUUUGAAUUUCAAGGAAUCUCAUGAUUGUGUGAAGGAGUUGAAUGCAGUUGCCAUGGAGUUUAAUGUGAGGUUAAAGGCUUUGGUGGCAGAGUUGAACAAAAAGCAUCCUGGAAUGAAACUUGUGCUUUCUAAUCCUUAUCCCAUUUUAGAGAAAAUCAUUACAAGACCUUCUUUAUAUGGAUUUGAGGUUGCAGAACUCGGAUGCUGUGGAACAGGGACAAUAGAAGCAAGCAUUUUAUGCAAUCAACAUAACCCACUGACAUGCACAGAUGCAAGUAAAUAUAUAUUUUGGGAUUCUGUCCAUCCAACAGAAAGAGCAAAUCAAAUCAUUUCUGAUUAUUUAUUGAACAAUCUCAAACAGAUACUGUUUUGAUUAAUUUCAUUGAACAUGCCCAAACA